GGGGGAAUUGUCAUCAUGCGAUUUCUGCUUAACAAUGAGUUGAAGUCCUGAAACCGUUUUGUCUUCUUUUGGUUUAACAGAACAACCUGGCAGAGCGUUCUGGUGCAAUAUGAUGUAAACGUUUCAGAUUUUGACUGAUUGUGGUUCCUGUUACGUGACCAUUCCACAUUGAGGUUUCCAGGCACUUAGACCCAUCAAUGACGUCACAUAUUGGAAGUCUGUGGGUCAUUAUUACUGAAACCGGUCAAUAAUUGAUUUGUAAGUAUUAUUGUCCAGAUCAGCCAGUACGAUCUUGUUAUCUUAUAUCUCCCAGGUUUAUUAAUAUCGGUCAACUGUUGAACGGUGCUGCUGGUCCCGUUGCCAUGGCAGCGCCUCCGGCCCUCUCAGCUGCCUGGUUUCCUCACGAACAGCGCACCACUGCGACUGCCAUUGGUAUUACAGUGGGGGCUAUUCUGGGAGCGGGUAGCUUCAUCAUUGGACCGCUCAUUGUGACCCAGAAGCCAGACAACCAGACUGAGCAUCACAAUAUGACCAGUGCGUGGGAGGAUUCAAGUUGGUUGUCGCAGGGGAACAGUACAACAGAUUUCUCUACAGCGAAGAGCCAGAUAAUGUUACUGAUGUAUGUGGAGUUUGCCUGGACAGCUCUGAUAUUCCUGUUAAUUCUGGCCUACUUCCCCGACAAGCCGCCCUCCCCACCGACUCUGUCUGCUUCUAAAAACCGCCUGGCCUUCAGGUCAGGGGUCAAACAGCUCCUCAGGAACGGCCGGUUCUGGUUGGUGUGCGUGUCGUACGGAAUACUGUUCGGCACACUGAGCAGUUUCGGAGGCCUACUGGACGUCAAUCUGUCUCCUCAUAACGUCACACAAGUAGAGGCUGGCUGGGUGGGGUUCUACAGCCAAAUAGCAGGGGGUGCGUCAGGUAUAGUUGUGGGGAGAUUUUCAGACAUGCUCGGGGGACAUUUCAAACUCACCAUUCUAGUUAUGACUGUCGGAUACAUCGGUAGCCUUCUGUGGCUCGUCUUGAUGCUGUAUCACAGCAUCAUCCCGUUCAGCACAGUGAGCGUGUACGUGUCCAACCUGCUGAUGGGAGUGUUCGCGCUGGGGAGCGAGCCGCUGUUCUUCGAGCUCGGCGUGGAGGCCACGUACCCGAUAGCCGAGGGCGUGACGACCUGCGUGCUGACGUGGGUCAACAACCUGUUCGGGCUGCUGCUGCUACUGGUGGUGAUGGUCAUGCCGGGCGGGGGUACCAGCUCGACUCGGACGGCGGACUGGAUGGGGUGGGCGACGCUGGGGUGCGGGGCUGCCGUCCUGCCGCUCAUGCUGGUGUUCCGGGAAAGGUACGGGAGACUGGCGGUGGACACCGGCAAACGGACAUGAGCCUGUUUCGGAAGAUAUCACAGUGUAGCAUCUGGUGUAACCACCUGUUGUUCAUAUAGUACUAUAUUGUAACACUGCAUGCAUUUAAAUAAACAUCACCAAUCUCUUCG